AGACGCCGGUUUAUCUGCUGACUGGACGGGCCGCUGCCGGGCUGUGCGCUCGCCGCUGAUAACUGCGCUGAUAGCCGUUGCUGAUAGCUGGCGCCGCCAUGGACCGACCGCGCGCGACGCUCCUGCUCCAGGGUGUAUUGCUGCUGUGCUUGGUGACGCACGCCGUGCUGCAAGAUGGCGACCAGCAGGCAGGCGGGGACGUUAGCUCGUCGGUCUGCGGCGGCUGCUCGUGCGGGGGCGGCCUGCUGGACUGCUCGGGGCUGCCGCUGGAGGGCGGCGGCGGCGGGGGCGGGGGCGGCGUUGGCUCCUGGUUCUGGCCGCGCUGCGAGUGCGCCGCCGCCUCCAACCUCACGGCCGUCUUCCGCGCCUGCGACAUCAAGGUGCUGUUCCCACUUCCGGAGCAGAGGGGGGUCUCCAGCCUGUCGCUGCGUCACAACCGCAUGGUCGACAUUCACGACGGAGCCUUCGCCAAACUGCCAGGACUCGUCGAACUGGACCUCAGUCACAAUCUGCUGCAAGUGGAGGACGUCCGGCCGACAGUGCUGCGCGGACCUUACAGCCCCGCCCGCUACGAGCCGAUGGCGCUGCAGCUGCUGGACCUGUCGUACAACCAGCUGCACUCGCUGGACCCACAGGCCUUCGAACACUGCCCCAGCCUCAGAGUGCUCCGCCUCGACUACAACCCGCUCAAGGUCAUCGACGGCCCAACGCUCAGGGCGGUGGGCACGCCUCACCUGCAGGAGCUGGGCCUGGCGGGCGCGCAGCUGUCUGCGGUGCCGCGGCGGCUGCUGGAGCAGCUGGCGUCGCGACGCUCGCUCAGGGCGCUCCGCCUCAGCGACAACAACCUCACCGCCGUGCCGGACGGCCUGCAGCUGCUCGACGCGACGCUGGAGGAGCUGAACCUGUCGGCGACGCAGCUGGAGCAGCUGGACGACGAGAGCCUGCUGGGGGAGUGGCGGCGCCUGCGCAGUCUGGCGCUCAGCGCCAUGCCGCGCCUGCGCAGGCUGGGCCCGCGCGCGCUCUCCUCUCUCACACAGCUCGAGCAGUUCCUGUGCGCCUUCAACGGCCAGCUGCAGGAAGUCCACCCACUCGCCACCGCCGGGCUCGAAAACCUGCGCUGGGUGCGGCUGGACAACAACGCGCUGGAGCGGCUGGGCGCGGACAGCCUGCCCUGGUCGUCCCUGGCUGAGCUCAGGCUGGAGGGCAACCCGUGGCGCUGCGACUGCAGCGCGCUCUCCUGGCUCUCCCAGAAGGCGGCCGACGCCAUCACAGACCAGCCCCGGUGUGUGGCGCCCGAGUCGCUGCGCGACGCGGGCCUGGCGUCGCUCAACGCUAGCUCGCUGUGCGCCGUAGAGUGGCGUCGCGGCGCUGCGGGGGCGGCGAGGGGCCGGAAGGCGCGCGCCAGGGCCGGCAUGAGCGUGGCGCAGGCGGCCGGGCUCGCCGCCGUCGUGGCGCUCGGCAGCUUGCUCGGCGUCGCACUCAUCCUGCGUUCCAGGCGGCGCCGCCGCGACGACGAGCGCCGGCACUCCGUCUACUGCGUCAACGUGCGGUACUCUCAGCUGGCUGGCGCUAUGAGCAGCGUGACUGGCGGUCCGAUUGCCCCCUGACGUCAUCAUCUUCCGCGUGAGCCUUUCUUCGCUCCUCGCCGCCUCACUUGUUGUGAACUUUUGCAUUGUGAUUACAACUCGAUCAGUGUGUUCAGCGUUUCUUUAUUUGAAAUGCUUCAAAUACUCCCCACCGCAUCGGUUGUCGAGGAAGAGGGAUAAUCGUGUUCCAUAUUCUGGUUGGCUGUGCUACCGAUCGUCCUGAAACACUUUCUACAUCAUGUUUCUCAAACAAAGCAUAUAAACUCUGAGUGCUCCUUGGCCAGCAUUUGUUGGAACUGGUGUCCCAAACUGACAGAUUUCACUCUUGAAUCCUGAUUGCUCAUUAAUUUUCGGAAGAAAUAAUGGAAAACGGAAGUGUGGAAAAAAAUGAAUGAACUGGAGUCAGUACUAAAUAAAUAUACAGUGGUCUUUUUUUAUUUUUUUAAAGCUUGGUACACACCUAGCGACAAAGUCACAUGACAUUGUAUACGUAGAAUCCCAUUGUACUGUACCGUGAAAGUCCCUAUACAAAGCAACGCGUUCGCAUCUAAGGGGUAGUUCCACAUUCAGUCAUAGGCAAAUGUUGAAAGAAAUAGUUUACAGCUGGGAUCAAGCGACAAAGAUGAGAUAACCUUCAACAAUGACACUCGAAAAUGAUAUAAUAUGAGGUAUCAAUAUGCAAAUGAGGAAGUAUUAAUUUACAUACAAUGUUUAGUCUGAAUUAGAAAUAUUAGUUAUGUAUGUAUGCAUUUACAAGUAAUAUUUCUCAAUAUACUACAGGUAACAUGCUGUAUAAAUUGUGAAAUAAAAUGAAAUGUACUUAAUAUUUAAGGAAUGGUCCACAGGUAAGUGGAGGAACAUAGACAUAUUAAAAACUUAAACACAUAGUAUUGAUGUUUCACAAUAAUAUUUAUUUUACUGUUCAUUUCAAUCGUCUUCCAUCUAUCAGGGUCAUCCUCACAUAACGUAAGACUACAGAUGAUCCACAAAACAUCAGCGAGAGUUUAUAGCUGUGCAAACAUUGUUUAUCCAAAGAUAUAUGAUCUUUUGCAACUAUACAACUAUACACAAACACAGGCAUAAUCAAAUUCACAAAGAAGAUUUCAUUACUUUAUACUCAGAGGUUUAAAGUGCAAUAAUGUAUGGGUCAAAAACGGUGUACAACUGAGUAUUGGCACAGACUCAUAUGUUAUUUGGACAAAAAUCUGAUAAAUGCGUGAACGAACUAAAAAAGGGGAGCAGAGGAGCAGAAAGGAGUCAGUGGAAUGUGGGUGCGAAACUGUUAUACUGUUUACAAGAAUACUGUCUAAUGACGAAAAAAACUUUAACUGGUAGCUGAUACUGUAGUAAGAGUGAGUAAUGGAAUGGUGGCUGGUCCUCAAGGAUCAGGUCGGAAUUCGUUGAAUACUUUUUACUGAUACUUGGAAUUACAGUAAUGUUAAUGUUUUGCUUUGGUCCUCUGUGGAGAAUAUUUUGUAAUGUGGACAUGUUGACAGACAUGGCCUUCAGUUGUUCUCAUUGCACAAUGGAAAAUGCUUCGUCAGUCUAUUAUUAUUUAUAUUUUUAUUAUUGUUAUACGUUACUUAUCAAGAUGUGGCCAAUGGAGAAAGUGUUGCAGCUGAUUGCAGAUUGUCACACAUAAUGUUAGGGGAAGUUAGUAAUUCCGUAUCUAAAAAUCACAACAACAAGAAGUUGGCUGUUGAAGUAUUAGUGAGUGAAGUUGGAACAAAUCCACAAUUUGAAAACAACUUUUUAUCAGGAUCAUAAAAAUAUUAACCAGACGAAGAAGAGUAAAUAAUAUUUGGUUCGCAUAUGACCACGAGCUAUUUUUCCUGGAAGAUUUAAAAGCAUGCUUAUUUAUUGUUCAUAUACAACGAAAAAUUAAGGUUUAAAUAAAUACAUUCUUCUAUCAAUUAAAUAGUUCUGAAAGUUUUUAAAUAAUUUUUUAAGAGAAAGUGUUCUGUAUUGGAAGAUAAAUGCUUAUCUUGCCAAGUCAGUUUCAGUGUGUCUCCUUUGUUCGUGUAUGAAUUUUUAAAACAGUUUGUCCAAGUCUUUAAAUAAUGAGUUGCUGGAAUAGUGUAUUGAUUUUCAUCAUCAUAUCCAUUUAUUUCUACAUUCUUGUCACAUCUUUUACAACACCACUUGUUAAUGACAAAUGUUGUGUAACAUUUCAAAACAAGACAAAAAACUUAAUUAAUCAGGGAGUCACAUGAACCAACUUCAACGACUGCUAAAGCCACUCUGACGCCAUCCAAGGCUGUCUCACGCUACUCUAACGUGCUUAGCGUAAAAAAUCUCUUAAGUAUUAUGAACUCAGCUUCUAUUGCAUUCUGGAACAGGAUGUAGUCCAAAGAUGACUGUCUUAAUCGAAAUUGUUUUUCAGAUUAAAUUUAUAUAAUAGUUUCUGGAAACAAGUAUUUGUGUGAAGAUUUAUACACCUAAUGGUUCAUAACAAGGGUUUCAAAUUUUGACAGUUUAGAAAGUAACAGCACCUUGUAAUUGUAAAAUAUCGACUUUAUGGUCAACAAUAAAAUUAGGAAAAUUAUGAACAAAAACAGGAAUUUUGUUUGCAUGACACCUGAAUCUUCACUGUAAAUUAGUUUUUAGAUCAUUUGAGUUUACAAUUGUGAUUACUAAUUUUCAUGGUUCAAGAUCAAUAUUACCAAUGUACCGAUAUGAAUAACGAAAAAUAUACUAUCAGAAAAACAAUUUUUAAGGAAUAAAAUAUAUUAAAAAUA